CCUUUAUAUAUGCACAGUCGAUGUCAUAUUGCGAAAAAAAAAAAAACUGUUGCUUAAUUCCCUGGAAUCAUCACGUAGUACAUGUUUGAAUGUUUACAUUGCGUACCUGUGUGCCCUAUGCUGUGUAUUCACGUAUACUUGUGUACAUUUGUUUUCUUGGUUCACUAUUUAUGCUCAAUCAUUGUGUAAUUGUAAUACUUAGGUUACAUGCAAUAACUAAGUAAGCAAGUGAGUUAAUAAAUAGAUAGAUAAAUAAAUAAAUAAAUAAAUAAAUAAAUAAAUAAAUAAAUAAAUAAAUAAAUAAGAUAUAAAGCUAACUAACCAAAUAAAUAAACAGAAUAAAAAAGACGACAGAAGUCGAUUACUCGCUAAGCCCAUCCGGGUGUAUAAAACGACCAGGCUUACGCGCGCUGCUAGAACUGCUAGGUUUGACAUUUCUUGUGAUGUGCGCGGCACUUUCAGAAAUCGCAGGGAAAGAGCACCAAGGUGGGCCUCGUUGCGUUGGACGUCGCACGCAUUUUGGAAAGGACCGCGUUUUCUUUCUCUUUCGGCGAAGUGGCGUCAUGGCGGCCUCGCGCAAGAAAAAGCCGGUCAGCAAUCGCCCGCCAGUGACGGGCACGCCUUCCGAAACACUGACGCCAACCGAAGUUGUUCGCGGGCUUCGCCUCUGCUAUCUUUACAAAUGGGCGAACUUCAAAGGCUACGGCUUCGAGGUAAAAGCCGACAAGAAGGGCCAAGGAUUCGUCAUCGCCAAAGUCGACAUCCAGAGCCCCGCUGAUAUGGGCGGCUUGCGCAACGACGACAGGAUCAUUGAGGUCAACGGGACGUCGGUGAACGGCAAGACGUACCAGGAUGUACUCGGCCACAUCAAUGAGGACCCGACCAAAGUGCAGCUGCUGGUCAUCGAUAAUGAGACGGACCAGGAGUUUGCGAGACGCCACGAGGUGCCGAGCAGAAAGUCUCCCCGUUUGGUGCACAAAGCGGCGCCUGCCGAGAUGCCACGCCCGACUACUGCCCGAGAGCACAAGUCAGGGGGCACCCACAAGGCGCCCGCCCCGCCCAGCGACAAAGUCAUCGCCAUUGAGGAGCUGUCUAGCGGCUCCACACCACCCGUCGAGGUCGGCAAACUAGGGAAGAAGGCGAAGCCCGUCAAACCGAAGUUGGCGGCGAAGGGCGGCGGCACAGCCAAAGCAGCCGAGGUGUCGAAGGCCGAGGCCGAGCUGCUGCAGAAGUUCGUGCGAGCCCGAGUGGCGGAGAGCACCGAGGCCGACUUGGGCAAGGCUGAGGACGACACCGAUCUGGAACCGGCCGACCCAUCCGUGCCCCCCGAGGACACCAAGCCUCCGCCUUCGCUCGAGCGCCGCGGCAUUAACGCGUUCUCGGCGAAUACGACGUCCGCAUUCCCGUCUACGCCACCGUACUCCUCGCCCGAACUCGGCUACUACGGUGGAUUCGCGGACGACGCACCGACAGACUCGGCCGGCUAUUACUGGACCGACGACCAGUACCCCUGGGCUCCUCCCUCGUCGCCCAUGUACGCGCCGCAGUUCAGCGGGCCUUCGUCGCCGCCGUACGCGCAGUCGCCCGCCUACCCGAUGUCGCCGUACGGCGCGCUGUCUCCCAUGUCCGGCGCGGGCGGCUACGCGCCUUACGCGGUUCCGGGAUCGCCGUACUGGCCUCCGCCUAUGAUGACGCCGAUGGUGUCGUACCAGGCACCAUACGGGCCGCUAAUGCCGAUGCCGAGUGCCUACGGCUACCCGUACGUGCUGCCGAGCUAUCCUGACUUCUCGUUCUAUUCGGCCCCUUACCCAAGCUACCCACCGUUCCCGUACGCUGGCGGACCCGAUCCGAGCGACGUACAGGCUGAAGAGGGCGGCGCCGCUCAUGCUGCGCCGCAUCAGGCAGGCUCCGCUCAUCCCGGCCGACGGAGAGAGGCGAAGCCGCGUAAAGAGAAAGCGCAAGAGAAGGCCAAAGCUAAAGGCACGGGCUCGCCUGCGCCACAGGGUCACAAGCCGGACCAAGGGCCGUGACGUGGGGAGCUCUAAGUGCAGUUCUUUUUCCCGUUAUUUCAAAGUCGCCGUACAUGUCCUUCUCGCAACUUACGCGCACGUCGUCUUAUAGGAGAUGCUAUUGAGAACGGCGAGAAAAUGAGGACAUAGAGCUGCUUGCUUGCGUAGAGGUGCAUGGUUCCAUUUUGUGUCAACCGCAUAUAUGUUGUAUUUUUGCGACGUACGCGGUUCAGAUGUUCGGCGUUUCGUGUUUGACUCUCGUCUUCUGAACUCUCUCGCAAGCGCUGUUCACUGGACUGUCUCGAACGAAGACAUAAAGACGAGUGUAGGCGUUCGGAUGACCGGUAAAACGCGUCUGCGGUCUUGCUGGGUCUGAAGAACUGCGACGGUAACCUAAUCAGUAGUAGCGUUAAAAUACAUGAAUGUGCACCGAAUUACAUGUUAGCUAUCCACGGCAAUCUCCACCGGAAAGAUAACGAAUAUUACGUACAAACCGGAAUUUUAUUAGUAGAUAGAAAAUGCUAGCUCGAGAUGAUGGCGCUCGUCCGCGCCUUGCGAGAGCCAAAGUUCACGCCUAAAUGACGUAGGACUCGUAUGUCGAUGACGGGAGGGCAUAUUGCAUAAGCCCGUGGCUAUAACCAUUGUACGAUGCAAGCUUACAGCGAGUCAGUAUAUAUUACAGCACGUAGAAGUCGUCAUCUUCUUUGUCUUUCUUAAAAAAAGGUCGCGUUUAAUAUAGGACAACCUAUAAUAGAUCCCUAUGCACCCACAAGACAAUAGUCGGUGCUUUUGCGCGCUUGAACCUUAAUAGCUAAAGAUACUAGAACUGCAUGCCCUAUGUGCUCAACUACAUGUUUGAUGUGACGCAUAAGUGUUCUGAUCCAGAAAUAUUAGCAAAUAUAAGGCUUUCACCUUACGCAGUCAAGGCGUUCGCGCAGCCUGCCAGAGCAGUUAUGCGAGGGAUUUUGAUUCUUCAUCUCUGAUAAAGCACCA